AUGCACCCUUCAGACAGGCAAAAGAUGACCUUUGUCAUAGAUAAAGGUCUCUACUAUUACCGGGUCAUGCCCUUUGGCCUGAAGAAUGCUGGAGCGACAUAUCAGAGGCUGGUGAACCAAAUGUUUGCCAAGCAGAUCGGUCAGACCAUGGAAGUCUAUGUCAAUGACAUGCUAGUGAAGAGCAUCAGAGCGUCUAACCACAUCGCGGACCUUGGAGAGACCUUCUUGAUCCUCCAGGAGUACCGCAUGAAGCUAAAUCCCUCCAAGUGUGCCUUCGGAGUCGGCUUAGGCAAGUUCCUUGGGUUUCAAGUUAGCCAGAGGAGCAUUGAGGCGAAUCCCAAGAAGAUCAAGGCACUGCUUGACAUGAGCUUGCCCCAGACAACAAAGGAAAUCCAAUGCCUCACCGAAUGGGUAUCCAUCUCGGCCGUCAGCUUUGCACUUAUUAAGGAUGUUGGGGGCAGGAAGUACCCUGUCUACUAUGUAAGCAAGGCAAUGGUACCCGCUGAGAUUAGGUACCCAAGUAUGGAGAAGUUGGCGCUCAGCUUAGUCUUAUCGGCACGAAGGCUGCGUCCAUAUUUCCAAGCACAUACUAUUGUGGUCCUGACCAACUCCCCCCUCAGGCAAGUCCUUCCAAAGCCCGAGGUGUCAGGACAAUUAACCAAGUGGCCGAUAGAACUCGGGGAGUUUGACAUCCGGUAUUGGCUGAGAACUGCAAUUAAGGGUCAGACUAUGGCUGAUUUCAUAGCAGAGUUCACCACUCUGAAUACAGAGAUGGCAGACGCAGACUCGAAGGCAAUCCCCACGACCUCCCCAGAUCCCCCACUUAUCCAAGACGUAGCGUCAGACAGUGAGCGUAGAUGGAUCCUUUAUGUGGACGGGUCGUCCAACUCUAAGCGCGCAAGGGCGAGGAUUGUCCUGGUUGCGCCCGAUUCAACCUCCAUCCAGUACGCUAUCAGGAUCGGAUUCAAAGCCUCCAACAAUGAAGCAGAGUACGAUGCCUUGUUGGCUGGACUCAAACUAGCAGCUAGUCUGAGGGUUCAUUCUCUUGAGGUGCGAUGUGAUUCUCAACUUGUUAUAAAUCAUAUCUCCACCGAGUACUGGACCAAGGAAACCAAGAUGGUGGCUUAUCUGGCCGAGGCCAGGAAGUUGAUAGAGAAGUUCUGGAGCUGCAUCAUCAAUCAGAUUUCAAGGACAGAAAAUUCUUGGGCGGACGCCCUCGCAAGGUUAGCCUCAACUAUAGAAGGAAAGAUUCUUAGGAUUGUCCUUAUGAAAUUUCUGGAUAGUCUGAGCAUCGACGAGGAUGAUCAGGAGAUGAUGAAUCUGGUGGAAACUACUCCGAGUUAG